CCCUCCUCUCUCUCUCCCUGCUGUUCUCUCUCCCUCUCUGCUCUCCUCUCUGGCCAUUACCGCUCCACUCUUCUCCAUUCGUCAACGAGAUACAAUCGCGACUGCAGAGACGUGCUACGGGAGCGGCGCACCUACAUGAGGCCCCGUCACAAAGCCUGACGGGAGGGAGACCCCGAGUUUGGGACGUUUUGCAUGGAGCCGCGACCAUGGAGAAUCCUCCUCGUCUGUCAGCGUCUUCUCCCACGUCGUCCCCCUCGCGACCAUCGCCAGCAGCGCCUCCAUCGUCACCGUCGUCAUCACCAUCUUCAUCUUCUUCUCCAUCAUCGCCGUCGUCAUCAUCGUCGUCGUCGUCAACGACAACAAGAACAACGACAAAAGCACCUCCAACAUCAACGUCACCAUCAAAAUCAUCAUCACCAUCGGUGCCGCCGUCGACAUCAUGGCAGUAUACCUGUUCAUCUUCAACAACAACAUCGUCGUCGUCGUCACCCUUCCCGUCCUCUCCACCCCCAUCGGCCCUGCUGCUCCUGCUGGCCCUGCUCGCCGUGUGGGCCUUGCUGUCGGCCGCUGACGAGGUCCAACCCAGGGCCACGACGGGCCCCAAGCGACGGCCCCACCACCCCGGCUUCGCCAACAGCCGUGGCCGUGCGCUGGCCACGGCGUUUCCAUCUCCUCCUCCUCCUCGUCGUCACCCCCCAGGACCUCCUACUCCCGCUCCUCCUCCUCCUCCUCCUGCUCGCAACAGCGACAAGAACAACCCGACCGCUGGCCGACCCUCCCGCACGCCGUCCUCCAGCCAGGAGGCGAACACCUGCCGUGGCUACUACGACGCGAUGGACCAGUGGGACCCUCCAUUCAGCUGCAACAACAGCGGCAGCUACAGGUACUGCUGCGGCACGUGCAACGUGCGCUUCUGCUGCACGGACCCACAGCAGCGGCUCCAUCAGGACGCGUGCGCCAACCACGUGACCCCCUCGCGGACUCCCACGCCGGUCGCGGAGGAGCCCACGGAGAGCCACGUGGACGCCUCUACCGGGGUCGUCGUCCCGGCCGUGUGCGGGGUCAUCGCCGUGCUGCUGCUGAGCGGCGUGCUCGCCAAGAUGGGGCUCGACAAGGCUGCGGACGCGGCGAGGAACAUCAACUUGCCCAUGAGGACCGCUCUCGUGGCCGCGUUGCCGAGGAGGGGAGGUACCCGGGAGGAGGAGGCGGAGAGCCACUCUCUGCGUGGAAUCUCCCAGAGGGGCGGCUCGCUCCCGCGCUCCUUCAAGAACAACAUCGAGAAGCCGCGCCUGGACAACAUCCACGUGACUGCCGCCCUCAUGACGCCGCUGGCGCCGUCGCACUCACACCCUCACCUCCUGUACCUCUCCGAGGCCUACGGCGUCGCUCCGGGCUCCAAGCCGCACGUGGCGCAGUUCAACUCGCUCAAGCGCCUCGCCGAGAAGGAGAUGAGCGACUACUACUCGCGUAAGCGGCACCUGGCCGAGCUGGCGAGCGGCACGCUGCCUCUGCAUCUCGCCCUCACUCCGCCGCUGCCCAGCUCCGCGCCCUCCUCCUCCUCCGGCGGCGGCGGCGUCGGCGGCGGCGUCGUGGGUCCCACGGCGGCGGUGUCGUCGCUGUCCCACCGGCCCAGCCCCGAGCCCGGGCCGCGCUCCGCGUCCGACGAGUGGGCGCGAGACUGGAAGCGCGCCGCGGCCGCCGCGGCGGCCGCGGCGGCGGCGGCGGCGGCCUCGUCUUCGGCGGCGCCGGUGGACCGCGACGCGAGGGGCGAGCACCACCGCUGCUUCCGCGCCUACGGAUCGACGCCGGUACUCGACGAGUCGGCGUACGGCGGCGCCGGCGGCGAGGUGACGCUCUCCGUGUCGGCGGCCCUCGUCGACUCGGACGAGGGCGAGCGCGGCAUGGUGAUGGUGGUGGGCGGCGGCGGGAUGGGGGGAGCGUUGCCGGCGCCGUCCGUCGCCGCGAGCGUCUCGACGGGCGCGACGCCGCAGUCGUUCCGGCACCGGCACCACCAGCAGCACACGUGGAGGAGCGGCUCCGAGAAGGACCGCUCGGGGGUCUUCGGCUCCACCCCGGCGCUCAACCGCGAGUCGCGCACCCUCUCGCAGCGGCUGCCCAACUUCCCGAGCGACGACGCGCCGAGCCGCUACCACUCGGCGCGCCGUCUGCACCACGUCUCGGCGCGCCACGCGCCGCACGAGCGCGCCGCUCACCACGCCGGGGGCUCCCUGCUGGGGGCGCCGGGCUACGGCGGGGGCGGGGGCGGCGGCGGCGGCGGCGGCGGCGGCAGCGACCGCGAGCGUCGCGCCGGCCGCAUGUCCCUCCGCUACCCCGGCGAGACCUACGGCUCGACGCCGGCGCUCGACCGCGGGCGGCUUCCUCCGCGGUCCACCGGCGGCGGCGGCGGCGGCGGCGGCGGCGCCGGCGUCGGAUUCUCGUUUGGGACGCUCGGGCGAUCCGCGUCAUCGGCCCUGCACCACCAGCAGACCGCGGUAGUUGAUGAUGAGCCGAUGGCGCCGGCGUCUUCGUCGCACCACAGCGACCAACCGACAGGCGACUCGUCGGACGACCACGACGGUCCCCGGCGCGGUUUCCUGGCGCGGCUGUCCCUGGACGAGGAGGCAGAGUCCGAGCCGGGCUCCUCGGGGGCCGGGCCACCGCCGCCGCUCCCUCCGCGCUUGCCGGCGCGCUCCGGUUCGGGCUCGGGCCGGCCGGGCGGCACCAUGACGCCGGACCGCGUGAUGGCACGGGCGCGGAGGGCCGAGGCCCACCUGGGGUCUACGCCGUCGCUCCACAAGGGCUGGGCCGAGCGAGGUGGCGGUGGCGAACGCGUCGGGUUCGAGCGAGUCGGCGGCGCUGGCGGAGGUGCCAGCACCACGGGGCGCGUGAUGAGGAUGCAGAGCGUGCGGGAGGUCGCGCGCGGAGACAACUACCGCACGUGGAGCCUCUCGAACACGGCGGCCAAGCGGCAGGCGUUUGCCGGUCGCCGGCACAUGACGCUGGAACACCUCAACUACGUCGGCCCGCACGCCGCCGGGCGCGACAAGGACGUGCCCUCGCUCCUGCAGGAUUCAAUGCCCCUUGCUGAUUGA